AUGUCUUAUUUUAUGCUCUUUGGUUCUCUCGCGCUCCUUGCCAUCAGCUGGCUGCUCAGCCACAUCCAUUCAUGUCUUUCGCUCCCUGGAGCGUACGGACCUGCACUCGCCAAAUGGACUGACGCAUGGUACAUCUGGAAAUUAUGGCAGGGCAAGUAUGAGGCAUACGACAUUGAAGCACACAGGGAUGGCUCCAGGAAGAUCGUUCGCAUCGGGCCUCGCAUGUACAGCAUUGAUGAUCCAUCCAUGGCCCGUGUAAUCUAUGGCAUCUCAUCUCCUUUACCAAAAAGCAAAUGGUACGAUGCCUGGGGAGAUCCUCGCAUCCCGAAUCACAACCUCUUCAGCGCGCGCGAUCGCGCCGUGCAUGGCCUCAUGCGCCGAAAAGUCGCCAGCAUGUACUCCAUGUCGACAAUCAAGUCCUACGAGCCCUAUGUGGACAGCUGUGUUGCGCUUCUUCUGAAGCGUUUCGAUGAGUUCGCCGAAAGCGGAGAGACGUUCGACCUGCAGCAGUGGAUGCAGUGCUAUGCAUUCGAUGUGAUCGGUGAGAUCACGUUCGGCAGGCGAGUGGGUUUCUUGGAAUCUGGCGGGCAAGAUGUCGACGGCAUCAUGCGAGGUCUAGAAAACGCCAAUGCGUUUUCCACACUUUCGGGCGUCAACGCUGUCUUACUGCCAAUACUUUUUAUCCUUUACGGUAACCCUGUUCGUGGCAUCGAAAGUUUUGCGCGAAAGCUCCAAUCUGAGAGCGAUGAAAUUGACAUCAAGGAAAAGCAUGGCGGAGAGACCUUCCUGGCAAAAGUUCAACGACUGCGGAAGGAAGACCCGGAGGAAUACGAAAAAUUUCGUAUCCGAACGAUUACUCUGACAGGAAACGUCGCAGCCGGAAGUGACACCACAAGCAUCUCUCUAACAAGUGCGCUAUACCACCUCCUCACCACAAAUCGUGUCGCAGAGCGCUUGCACGAAGAGCUCGAUGCUCAAGGCUUCUGCUCUACUCUCGACGAACAUUUCACUUUUGACCAAGCCCAGCAACUUCCGUACCUCCAGAUGGUCAUCAAAGAAGCCCUGCGACUCCAUCCAGCCGUCGGCCUGCCCAUGUGGCGCGAAGUCGUAGGGCCAGGUCUGGACGUCGAUGGAACCCAUUUUCCACCUGGGGCACUCGUCGGUAUCAAUCCCUGGGUAGCGCACCGGAACGCAGAUGUCUUUGGCACAAACGCCACAGACUUCGUACCAGAACGGUGGGAUCCCAAACACAUCUCCUCGGAGACGUUAGCGGCCAUGGAGCAGUACUACCUGCCUUUCGGAGCGGGCGCAAGGACCUGCAUAGGGAAGCAUAUAUCACACCUGGAGAUGGUGAAGUUGAUCUCAGAGCUGAUCAGACGGUAUGAGUUAAAGUGUAUCGGUGGGGAAUUGAAGACUUUGAAUAGGUGGUUUGUAAAGCCGCAGAAAGUGCUCUUCAGCGUCAGGCGAAGAAGAACUAGAGCUUGA